CGAACGGCGGAUUGUCCUGGUGGGCAAAACUGGCAAUGGGAAAAGCACGGUGGCCAACACCAUCCUGGGAAGCCCGGUCUUUGAAUCCAAGAUGUCGUUCGGCUCUGUCACCCAGACUUGCCAACGGGAGGAGGCUGUGCUGAACAGCCGGAAAGUGAUGGUGGUGGACAUGCCGGGCUUCCUCGACACGGCUCGUCUCAAGUGGGAAACCUCAGCCGAAGUGAGCAAGUGCAUCAAGCUUUGCAUGCCAGGCCCCCACGUCAUCCUGCAGAUGUUCCGCCCUGCCCGCUUCACCCAGGAGGAGAAGGACGUGGCACGCUUGAUCAAGGAGAUCUUCAGCUUGAAGGCCAAGGAUUACAUGAUCAUCCUCUUCACCCGCAUGGAGGACCUGGAGGGCAAAACCCUGGAGAAAUUCAUCACCGAAGGCAACGCGGGCCUGAAGGAGCAGGUGGACCAGUGCGGCAACCACUUCCUGGCCUUUAACAACAAGGCUGAAGGUGCGGAGCACGAAGCUCAGGUGGGCCAGCUGAUGGCCAUGAUUGAUGCGCUGGUGUAGAAGAACCAU